CAGUCGCGAGCGUUCAGUCGGCCGGGGCGGAAGUCCUCGCCAUUUUGAGCACACGACCCUCACUUCUCCGGAUAUCCUUGUGGUUUAUUGGGUCUUUUCACUCGUCUUGAACUCCUUCUUCUGCCGAAUUCCACUUGUGUUGGCAUGUGACUUAGAGGGACGAGAGAGCUGUAAUGAUUUUUACUGAGUUCCUCACUCCCACUCAGCAUUAAGAGUACAACUUUGACCAGAGUCCUUUGCUGAGCUAACGAGCCUCAAGAACAAAGAUGGCGUUGCAGAUGAACAUUUCGGGCUUACGCCGUAAUAUGAAAAAUAUUGCUCAUAAUUAUACAGAUGCACAGAUAAAAGUAAGAGAAGCAACGAGCAAUGAUCCUUGGGGUCCCUCGUCCACCCUCAUGUCCGAAGUGGCCGAUCUCACCUACAACGUGGUGGCCUUCUCAGAAAUCAUGCAGAUGAUCUGGAAACGCCUCAACGACCACGGGAGAAACUGGAGACACGUGUACAAAGCGCUCGUCCUCUUAGAAUAUCUCAUAAAGACUGGCAGUGAAAAGGUUGCAGAUCAAUGUAAGGAAAACAUCUUUGCCAUUCAGACAUUGAAGGACUUCCAGUACAUUGAAGAAAACAAAGAUCAGGGAAUGAGUGUGAGGGAAAAGGCUAAAGCUCUUGUCACACUUCUAAAGGACGACGAGCGGCUUCGGAACGAGAGAGUGAGAGCUCUGAAGGCCAAAGAGAGGUUUGCCCAGAGUGUAUCAGGCAUUGGAAGCGACAGUGACAUAAGCUCUCCCACUAGUCCCUCUUACCCUGAUACGUAUGUAACUAGUUCAUCUCGCCCCAAUGAAAGGAAUGCCUAUGGAGUACAGGAUGGGCCAUCAGGUCUUGAGCCACAGUUGGAGGCAGCUCGUCCACAGACAGUCGGAGAAGAGGAGCUCCAGCUACAGCUUGCCUUGGCCAUGAGCAAAGAGGAAGCCGAGCAAGAGGAGCAGAGGCGGAGAUCGGACGACGUGCGGCUCCAAAUGGCUCUUACUCAAAGUGAAGAGGAAUUUAAGGAUGAAGCGACACCGGAAUGGGGAGAAACCGGUAGAAUCAGGUAGGUCUGCUAUUUGACUCCAUGGCGAC